CGAGGCUGAACCUUAGCACAUGAUGUGGCAUCGUAUCCAUGGAUCGUGACAUCUUUACACGAACCCUCAAUGACCUGAUUGACCCUGUACUUUGCGCUCCCAGUCACCUUCACACUCUCUUUUUGUAAUGUACAAUCACAAACCACCAUGAGAUGUAUCUCGAAGCCCAGCGAUUCUACGUCUUUCUCCUCAUCGCGACAUUCCUGAGCGCUCUCGGCUACUACGUCGUCUUCGAACCCACAAGUCCUCUCUUGUCCCUCGGACACCUCUCACUGCCAAAAUGGGCCGCGCGCGAAAAGUACGCCUACGCGACGUUCCUCGGUCCCCCGACCUCUGAGAAUAGCAGUACCGCCGACCCCGCAGCGCUGCUCAAAGACCCCUACUUCAUCUCCGUCCGCCUACUCAACUACCAAAUCCAAUACGCAGAGAAAACGCGCACACGCUUAACGAACACGCCCUUCCUCGUGCUCGUCCUACCCUCGGUCCCAGCAUCGCAAAUUGCCGUCCUGAAGAAAGAAGGAGCGACCAUCAUUCCGAUCGAGCCGCUCGAUUUGCCCGAAGCAUUCAAUCAGAACUUCAUAAACAACUCGCGGUUUAGAGAUGUGCUGGCGAAGCUCAGGCUAUGGGAGCUGACGAGCUGGGAUAAGGUGCUGUAUUUGGACGCUGAUUCCUUCUUGUUGAAGGGGUUGGAUGGGCUGUUUACGGAGGAGGAGUUGAGCGGGAUGCAGGUUACGCUGCCGGAGAAUGGGACGGAAGGUGAAGGGAGGGCAGGGAAGGCAAGAUUGGAUCCCCCCGAGACGUAUCUCAUGGCUGCGAGUACGGAUACGUACGGCGACCAGACACCCUGGGAAGAAGACCCCGCGAAUCACCCACCGUACCUUUGCGCCUGCUUCAUGCUGUUCGCGCCCUCGUCACGGCUGUUGUUGUACUACCUUUCCGUACUCAACUCCCCCGAAGCGCCCCGGGACGCGUACUACCCCGAGCAAGAUCUGCUCAUCUACGUGCAUAGGAAGGAGGGGCGGAUGCCGUGGCGCAGGAUCCCGGUCACAUGGAGCGCGAAUGACGGUGAGAUGAACGAAGAGUAUGCGCUGAAGGGCGGGGUGAAGAGUCUGCAUGUGAAGGGGUGGGAGGGCGCGGAAGGGGGCAAUGUGGCGAAUGAUAAAUACAAAAAUAUGUGGAGGGAUUUGGUCAAGGAGAUGGAGGAUUGGUGGAGGGAGAGGGGGCGGUGGGAUGGGCUUGGGGGGAUCGGGUGGGGAGAGUGA